GGCCAGUAGCCAGCCCAGCUGCUGUUCCUAAGGUACCACUGGUAUUGAUACAAUGCCUCUACAUAUUGAAGAGGAGUUACCACCGCCCAGUCCUCAGCCCAGUAACCCUGAGGCCGGAAACUUGUACUCCCAAUAUGAAGUUGUAAGAACUAUCGGGCAUGGGACUCAAGCCAAAGUCCUCCUGGCCCAGCACCGGCUCACAGGCAUACCCGUGGCCGUCAAAGUUCUUGGAAAGAACAAGCCCUGGUUUCAGCCAGCCAUGACAGAGACCAAUAUAAUGAAAAAGAUCAAACACCCCAAUAUUGUCUCACUUCUCCAAGUGAUUGAGACCAAAACAAGAGNAUACCUCAUCAUGGAACUGGUUGAAGGCCAAGAUCUUUAUGAAUACAUCAAAAAUGCUGGCCACAUAGAGGAGGAUGAAGCCCGACGAAUAUUUUUACAAAUACUGUCNGCAGUGAGCUACUGCCACAGACAAGGUAUAGUGCAUAGGGACCUAAAACCUGAUAACAUCAUGAUAGACAAAAAGGGGAACAUCAAAAUAAUCGACUUUGGGCUUAGUACCCAAGUCAAACCCGGAGAGNUGUUGGAUGAGCCCUGUGGUGCUUAUGCUUAUGGUGCCCCUGAGUUAUUCCUNUGGGAAAGAUAUGAUGGCACAAAAAGUGACCUAUGGGCGUUAGGAGUGAUAUUGUAUUACAUGGUUGUUGGAAAGGUCCCAUUCGACUCGGUCACCAUAUCUGAGCUGCAAAGGCAGAUACUGGCAGGUAUAUACCCUGCACCCUGUGGGGUGUCCAACGAACUGGAGGACCUGUUGAGACUCCUAAUGACAGUAAACCCCAAAUAUAGGCCGACAGUCACGGAAGUGAUGAAGCAUCCCUGGUUCAAAGGCCACUGGAAAGGGUUAACAAAUAUUCAUGAGGAACCAGUCCCUGUCAGACCAGAUCCUGACAUUGUAGAUGCGAUGCAGCAUAUUGGGUUCCGAGCAAAAGAUAUUAGAGAAUCACUCACAAAAGAAAAAUUUAAUGAAAUGUCAGCUGCAUAUUAUUUAUUGGAAGGGCAGGCUCUCCAGAGGGAAGUCCGCUCAACCCAGGCUCCAACAGUGAGUCAAGUUAAGGCCCCAUUCCCUUCCAUCGAUGCUGGUGCUGCUUCAUGUUUUAAAAUUAAGAGGAGUGGAAGCGCUCCCAUCCUUGGCAGAUCGGUCUGGCCAUCCUCCAUUGGUCAAGUGCCGGCCUAUGGCCAGAAAGUUAGGCAAAGAGCAGGCAGAAGAUCCACUGGACAUGGUCUUCUCUUCCGGACAAACCAGAUGACACCCACACAGGGCCAACACCACAUACGUGCCAUGAGUGUCCCCUGCAUGCUUUCAACAAGCAGCAUAAGUGAACAGAGCGUCAGUGAGAAGAGAGAAGAGAAUCUCUCCCACAGUGCGUUAGCAGAGGAUAAGCCCAUCCCCAGCAGGGGCUGGCGCAGAGGCAUCAUGCGAUUUACAAGAAGGUUGGGGAAUGCCAUCAGGAUGCUGUGUUGCUGCAUUCCAUCAACAAGAAAACCUCGGCUGGGGCAGAGCAGAGUCUCUCCCCAGAAAUGAGGCCCAGGGAGAAAUUCCAGAGACACAGCAGCAGGCAGGGCCCAGUGUCAUCUGGGAACUUUUUCACAUCCUGAGUAUUA